CCAGUUAAGAUGGGUUUAGUGAGGACGUCUGUCGUGUGCCUGUUCGUGUGGGGUUUAAUUUGCUGGAACGCCCAGUGCACUAUGCUGGACGGGAAGUACGAACCAACAUGGGAAAGUUUGGACUCGCGACCGCUUCCCAAAUGGUACGACGAUGCAAAGGUAGGCAUCUUCAUCCACUGGGGUGUGUACGCGGUACCCAGCUUCGGUUCCGAAUGGUUCUGGAUCAACUGGCAGGGUAGCAAUGCGACGGAGUACGUACAGUUUAUGGCGAACAACUAUAAGCCCGGCUUUACCUAUCAAGACUUUGCCAGUGACUUUACCGCGGAACUGUUCAAUGCGACCGAGUGGGCCGAUCUGUUCGUUCGGUCCGGUGCAAGGUAUGUGGUGCUGACAAGCAAACACCACGAAGGAUACACCCUGUGGCCAUCGAAGCAUACGUUCGGCUGGAACUCGAUGGACGUUGGACCGCAUCGGGAUAUUGUGGGAGAGCUUGCCGGGGCUGUUCGUGCUACCGGUCAGCUAACGUUCGGUGUUUAUUAUUCACUGUUCGAGUGGUUUAAUCGGUUGUACGCUCACGAUAAGGCUCUAGCAUUCCUUCACCGAGAGUACGUGGAUGGGAAGGUGUGGCCUGAGCUGCAGGAACUUAUCAACACCUACCGGCCGGAAGUGCUGUGGAGUGAUGGCGAUUGGGAAGCUCCGGAUGGGUAUUGGAAGGCGAAAGAGUUCUUUACCUGGCUGUACAACGAUAGUCCAGUGAGGGAGACGAUCGUAACGAACGAUCGGUGGGGUAUCGGAACGUUAUGCCUGCACGGUGACUUCCACACCUGCUCCGAUCGCUACAAUCCCGGUGUGCUGCAGAAACACAAGUGGGAAAACGCAAUGACGAUCGAUCGCAAGAGCUGGGGUCAUCGGGCUAACGCGAAGCUGGAAGAUUUCAUGACGACCGAUGAGCUGAUCGGUCAGAUCGUUACUACAGUGAGCUGUGGUGGUAACAUUCUGAUCAACGUUGGACCUACCAAGGCUGGAACAAUUGAUCCGAUCUUUGCCGAGCGGUUGGUCGACAUGGGACGCUGGCUAAAGGUAAACGGAGAUGCGAUCUACAAAUCGCAACCCUGGGACUACCAAAACGAUACACUCACCGGAAGCGUGUGGUACACGACAGCAAAGAGCCCUAGAACCAGCAACUUCCGCACGAUUUUCGCGAUCGUGUUGGACUAUCCGUACAAAACGAACAGCGUGCGGCUGGGAGCCUUCACCAAUCAGGUGACAAAGAUCACACAGAUCACGAUGCUUGGGUUCAACACCGCCCUGAAGUGGAAACCAACGGAUGAUGGGAUUUUGGUAGAGUUUCCCUCCAAGAAUGAAAUCGACCGACUAAAACUACAUAACGCAUGGACGCUAAAGAUUACGCUAUCCUCUCGAUGGUCCUAAACCGGUGACCUACGAACUUG